AUGCUCAUAUCUAUCUAUCUAUCUAUCUAUCUAUCUAUCUUUCUUUCUUUCUAUGUCUGUAUCACUUUGAAAAUAUGUUCAUAUCUAUCUAUCAUCUAUCUAUCUAUCUAUCUAUCUCCUCUCUCUCUCUCUCUCUCUCGAUCUUUCUUUACUAAAGAUUUUAUUAUUAUGGCUUCAUUUAAUUUCAUGAAAACUGACCGACCUGAUAAUACAGCUGCUAAAAUAUUUUAUCCCAUUCUUUCUUUCUUUCUUUCUUUCUUUCUUUCUCAGACUGUUCAUUUUCUGACCCAGUCUGUUCAUAUCUAUCUAUCUAUCUAUCUAUCUAUCUAUCUAUCACAGUGUAUCUAUCUAUCUAUCUAUCUAUCUAUCUAUCUAUCUAUCUCUCUCUCUCUCUCUAUAUAUAUAUAUAUAUAUAUAUACCUACAUUUAGCUGAACGAUUUCUGAUUAACAAAAGAGAAGUUUCCUAUUCCUACGUUUUCUCGAUUUUCAAGCGGAAGGACAGGCUUUGUUUUUCUUCCUGCAUUUCUUUCGUCUACAUUCCGUCUACUUCCGUCUACCUUGUUUUUGUCUUCAUCUCUUCCCCGACUUUCGUUGCCAUCACCUUCUCUUUCUUUCAUCCGUCUUCACAUGUUCUAUGUCUAUUAUCCGUCUCCAUUCAUUCUAUACCAAUUUUCGAUUCCAGCCCUUCCACAUCACUCUUUCUUUACAUCACGUCGACGUCCUUUCUAUGUUAUGCUUUCGAUUCAAAUCCUCUUACGUCAUCUAUUCAAUUCCAUUCAUUUGACGUCAUCCUUUUGAUUGUAUCCCAUCUGCGUCAUUCUUUUGGCUCUCAUUCUUUCUCCUCCAUCACUUCUUCAUCCUCUCUCUUUCUCUCACUCUAG